AUCCGAGUUGCGCGAACGAUAUGACAUGUCGAAUCUUUCUUUACGCUUUCUCUCACCGGACGACUAGCUGUUCAUUCCUGGUCUUCUUUGCCACACAUGUCACGCACAAUCACUAACACAGACAUCAGGCUGGUACGGCCUUGCUGCCGCCAAAACUUACCUCGAAUUACAUCCACAUGAGGAUAUCCUUGUCCUCGACAAUGCAUCCAGCGUGGGCGGCGUCUGGGGCCGCGACCGGUUGUAUCCUGGUCUGAGGUCAAACAACAUGCUGGGGACAUAUGAAUACAGCGACUUUCCCAUGGACACUGCCAAUUUCGGCGUCUCACCAGGCGAGCACAUCCCAGGCACCGUUCUACAUGAGUAUUUGACUGCAUACGCUGAGCGGUUUGGUGUGUACGAGCGCAUUCGGUUCAACACAUGUGUGGAGUCCGUGGAGGAGAAGGUCGAAGUUGGGGGCUGGAUCCUUAAUAUCACCGAUACUACGACGAAUGAAAAGGCGAUGAUAAAUGCAAAGAGACUUGUCGUCGCCACGGGUCUGACUUCCGAGCCGCACGUACCAACAUUCGUUGGCCAGGGAGAUUUCGCUUCCCCGAUCUUCCACUCCAAAGAUUUCGCUCUUCACGCAGGUACGCUCAAAACGGCCCGAAGCGUCGCGGUGUUGGGUGGAGCAAAGAGUGCGUGGGACGCGGCAUAUGCGUACGCUACCGCUGGAAUUCCCGUGGAUAUGAUCAUUCGUAACUCCGGACGUGGGCCAGUAUGGAUGGCUCCUGCAUAUGUCACACCGUUAAAGAAAUGGUUAGAAAAGCUUGUCCAUACUAGAUGUUUACAAUUAAUGAGUCCUUGUGUCUGGGGCGACGAAGAUGGAUACGCGUCUCCGAGACGGUUUCUUCAUGGUACGUGGCUGGGACGGAAGAUGGUUGAUACCUUUUGGGGAGUCUUGGGCGACGACGUGGUAACAUUGAACGGGUAUAAUGACCCUAAGCAUCCUGAGAUGAAAAAGUUGAAACCGCGAAACUCGGCCUUUUGGGUAGGGAGUGGGCUUAGCAUUCUGAAUUACCCAACGGACUUUUUCGAACUCAUUCGUAACGGGAGUAUUCGUAUUCAUUUGGCGGACGUCACACAUCUCUCGGAGAAAACAGUCCACCUAUCGAACGGAGAACACAUCAAGACGGACGCUCUUUUCUGUGCAACAGGAUGGAAGUCACGCCCGCCGAUAACCUUUCUCCCAGCUGGCCUUCUCGCUGAGCUCGGUAUGCCGCACUACUCUUCUACGCCGGAUCCGCUUGUCAAAAAAGCAGAUGCCGCCAUCCUCGCAAAGUUUCCUCGUCUGAAAGAUCAGCCAAUCACGGCCAGACCCAAACAGGGUGAAGAUAAGAAGGAUACGCCAAACCAGCCUUUCCUUCUCCAUCGAUUCAUCGCGCCGCCAUCAACCCUGCAGAAUCGAAACAUCGUAUUCGCCGGCAUGAUCUCGACGAUUACGACAUCAAUCUGCGCACAGACACAGGCGCUCUGGAUUUCGGCGUACUUUGACGGCAAGCUGGCGCGGUUGGCUUCUCCGGCGACGGCGCGUUGGGAGACGGUACUGCAUUCGCGGUUCGGCAAGUGGAGGUACCCGUGCGGGUAUGGAGAUAGGUUGCCAGAUUUUGUCUUCGAUGCGGUGCCAUAUGUGGAUAUGUUGUUGAAAGAUGUUGGGUUGGAGAGUCAUAGGAAGAAGACUGCGUUGGCGGAGAUGACGGAACCAUAUGGACCGGAAGAUUACAGAGGCUUAGUGGGUGAGUGGGCAAGUAAAUAUCGUGACGGGUUGGAGAAAAGGGGUUGAGAACGACCAGUGGUAUUUAUUCAGGGUAGGUAAUGGGUGUUGUAAAAAGAGUGAAUACGAAGCUGCUAGUCUCGUGAAAAUGGUAUAUCUCGUAAGUAUCAAUUUAACAAAUAACCAAAGAUCUUGGGGUCGGUGUUCUGGUAACAAUUCGUAUUGC